AUGACUCAUACGGUACCACAAUUGAAAGACAAGUCUUUGUUCAUUGGAAAAUGCCACAUCAACGGCGAAUGGGUUGGGGCCCAAUCGGGCAAGAUCUUUAAGGUCACUGACCCAGCCACCGACAAAGUCAUCGGAACAUGCCCAGAAUUCACCGCAAAAGACACCGAGAGAGCCAUCAAGGCAGCCUCAGAUGCAUUUCCGGUCUUUCGCAAGACGCCGGUACGCGAAAGGUCUCGACUACUGAGGCGUUGGAAUGACCUCAUCCUACAAAACGUGGACGACUUGGCGACUUUGAUAACUUGGGAGAAUGGGAAACCGUUUGCCGAGGCGCAAGGUGAGGUCAAAUACGCUGCAGCUUUCAUUGAAUGGUUUAGCGAGGAAGCCCCCGGUUUCAAGGAACCUGUGGGUGUCUGCGGCUUGAUCACUCCAUGGAACUUCCCUGCAGCCAUGAUCACCCGUAAGAUCGGUCCGGCAUUGGCGGCUGGCUGUACGGUUGUCGCGAAAAGCCCCGGGGAGACUCCAUUUACUGCUAAUGCCCUCGCGGAACUAGCCCGUCGAGCGGGUAUUCCUAAAGGCGUGGUAAACAUUGUAACUGCGCUAGAGAAUACCCCUGAGGUCGGCCACACUCUUACAACUCAUCCUGAUAUCAAGAAGGUCUCGUUUACAGGCUCAACCCGUGUGGGCAAACUCCUAAUGGGGUAUGCCUCUUCUAGUGUGAAGCGAGUCUCUUGGGAACUUGGCGGCAAUGCUCCAUUCAUUGUCUUUGGUGACGUGGAAGAUAUCGAUACCGCGGUUGAUGCCGCUCUCGUGUCCAAGUUCCGAGGUACUGGACAAACCUGCGUCUGCGCUAAUCGAAUCUACAUCCACCGAUCCCACUAUGAAGCCUUCGCGGAGCUACUUGUUAAGCGCAUCAAGAAAUUCAAAGUCGGACCUGGAUUCGACGAUGGUGUCACCCAUGGGCCUCUCAUCCAUGCCACAGCUGUAAAAAAGGUUUCCGAUCACGUUGCCGACGCUAAAUCUAAAGGUGCUCGUGUCCUUCUGGGUGGGAGCCCAAUUCAUGAGCUAGGACCCACUUUCUUUCAGCCUACAGUCUUGGCUGACAUGACCCAUGAUAUGCGCAUUGCCUCUGAAGAAAUCUUUGGGCCCGUGGCAGCCCUAUUCCCCUUCGAUACCGAGGAAGAGGUUAUCCAGCUAGCCAACAGCUGCGAGGUUGGGCUGGCAGCGUAUAUCUUCAGUGAUAACAUCAGGAGAGUCUUCCGCGUAGCGGAAGCUCUCGAGGUCGGUAUGGUGGGUAUAAACACUGGUUCUGUCAGUGAUGUCGCUGCUCCAUUUGGUGGCGUGAAGGAGAGCGGAUUUGGCCGCGAAGGAAGCAAGUAUGGAAUCGAGGAAUUUGUGAAUGUCAAGAGCAUCACCUUGGGUGGAAUAUUCUAA